AUGAGCCGCUACCCCUGCUCCUCACGGCUUCCCUCCUGCGCCUGCUCCCGUCGCCACAGCCACAGCGCCCUGACAGCCUCCGCGGCCCGGCGGCCCUCCGAGAAUAGUAAAGAAGAAAGCUCCCCUCUUUCAGUCACCAUGAAGUGUGGUUUUAACUGUAAACAUGUUCAUUCUGGACUUAAACUGGUAAAAUCUGAUGAUGGUGGAAAACUGGUUUCCUGCAGUCCUUCGUCUUUGGAAGGUUCCAAUAAGGAAUGCAUUAAAGACUGCAAAAGGUUAUCUGAUAUUGUAUCACCAAUUGUGAGGAAUUCCAGAACUAUAGAACCUGAAACUGAAAACAAAUUCCUGUAUAACAAGGAAAAUGAACAUGUGCAACAAAUAUUUAAUAGUUCAAAUGUAGUAGAACUGGAAACUAGUGGAACCUAUGAAGACAGUGGCUAUUCUUCAUUUUCCCAGCAAAGUGACCUCAGUGAACAUGAUGAAGGUACCUUGCCCCUGGAGGAAAAUUUCACUGAAAGUCCACAAUCUUGUCUACUACAUACCCAAAGCCCUGACCAAUAUCCCAACAAAAAUUUGCUGCCAGCUCUUCAUUUUGCAAAAGUAGUUUGUUCAACAUUAAAGAAGAAUGCCAAAAGAAAUUCCAAAAUAGACCGAGAGAAGAUGAAGGAACUUAUAUCCUGUGGAAAUAAUAGACUACAGAAUAUAAUUGGUCGGAAAAUGGGCCUAGACUGUGUAGAUAUUCUCAGUGAACUCUUCCGCAGGGGACUUCGACAUCUCUUAAAAUAUGUUUUAACCCAGCUCAAUGAUAUGGACUUAAUCAAUGUAUCUAAAGUGAGCACAACUUGGAAGAAGAUUCUAGAAGAUGAUAAGGCAGUGUUGCAGUUGUAUAAUAAAGCAGUACAAAGAGUUGCUGAGAAGAAGAUUAAAUUUUCAUCACAAGCCUUCACAAGAGAGUAUACUGUGAUCAGAGCUGCGUUAGCUUCUGUUCAAAAAUCAGCUGUCCAGAUUCCACAAAAAGAUUCUGGAACCAAGUUAUCCAAUUCAGUUGGUCAGAAAAGUUCUACUUACAGUCGACACAAUGAAUUCUCUGAGGUUGCCAAGACUUUGAAAAAGACUGAAAGCCUUAAAGCCUGUGUUCGCUGUCAUGCACCUGCAAAAUAUGAUUGCUAUUUACAACGAGCAACCUGCAAGCGAGAAGGCUGUGGAUUUGAUUAUUGUACAAGGUGUUUGUGUGAUUAUCAUACCGCCAAAGACUGUUCAAAUAGCAAACCUCUAAAAGCCAGUUACAAAAUGGGUCCUCUGCCUGGUACUAAAAUAAGCAAGAAGAAUUUAAGACGAUUGUGACCUCCUAUUAAGUUUUAUCUGAUCAUGAAGAUUAGUUCAAAAAUGUUAGAUUUUAAUUUUUAAAACAUUAAAAUGUGAUCUUCAGCUAUGUUGAAGUCAAUCUAAAACAUGGGAUUAUUUUUCCUAAGUAUUUUUCAGUAUACUGAAAAGGUUAAAAAUUCUCAAACCAAAUUUAAUAUUUAAAGAAGGGGAAAACUAGUUAUUUGAUAUAUUUGUGAUUAAGAGGGAAAAGUAAAACUAAUUAAACUUUAUGAUAAAAAGAAUGCCAUAUAAUUUUAUCUAGAUGUUCUUAAAUAUAAACUUUAUUCCCCAUUUGAGGUCUAUUUGCCAUUCCAACUGAAUAUCAAGUUAUGGAUGUUAAAUGUCUGUCACAUAAUUUUCAGUGUUUGUAUGAUUUCCUUUAUAAAAACCCUUUGUGAA